ACGGCUAUGGGGACUUGUUUGUUUGAUAUUACAUUGCCAAACAUUUUGGUUCUCAUUCUUCUCAUUUCUCAGGUGCAUUUGGUUCAUUCUCAGGAUGUCCAAUGGCCCAUUCACGCAGUGUGCAACUCAGAAAGACUUACAAUUACUUACAGGAGCUGUGACCCUUUACAGGAUGUGGGCUUCACAUUCCUCCCUUGCCCUAACAAAUUAACAGAUCCAAUAAAAAUCAGAUUGGCUUUAAUUCUAAGGCAGUCUGUCCAUGAGUUAUAUUCAUCAGCUGUGCUUUUGCUAAAUGGCUACGAAAUGUUGACGUGGAACGAACCCCUCUGUCUUCCUCAUUUCCAACGUUUCACAUUUUGUGGAAGCAGACGAGGAGAAAUUAUGACGCUUGAUUCAUCAUUUCAGUUAAAGACAGACAUUCCUAUAAAGGGUGAUUUUACUUUACUGCUGAAUGCAAUAAAUCAAGAUGGCUUCCAGAUUGCAUGUGUGAAUGCAACUCUCAGCUUCAAGUGAGACCAGAGGGCCUGUUCUUAAGUGCAAAUGUUCCUUUAUUAUUAGACAAUUGUAAAGAAAAAGGUAAUAGUAGCCUAAUAAAGGUACUACAACUUUUGCAGACA